AUGCUCCGUGAGACAGUGUGGCGAGUUUGGAUCUGUUGGAUAUUGAUGAGUUUUGGACCUCAGUGGGGAGUUCAGAGCGCAAGUGCACAUAGCUGCCACGAAGUUAAAACAGCUUUCCAACUGCGGCAGAUUGGCCUUUUAAAAUGGGUCCCAGAAACAGCGGCACCAGAUGCAGAGCUCCAAAUCUGCAAACACCAGGGUCCUACCUGCUGCACGCGCAAAAUGGAGGAGAGCUACUAUGCUGCUGCACGCAGAGACACACUGCAGAAUAUUCUGUCCUACAGCCUCGAGCUAAAGUACCUCAUCAUUGGCCAUGCUGCUGCCGUCCAGGACACCUUCCAUUCCCUGCUGUCUUUCACACUCAACCACACUCUUUCACUCCUUGACUUUGCCUAUGAACCAAUCGCCGCUGAGUCCCGUCCCUUAGUCUCCGCCCUCUUCUCUGACCUCGCCCUCUACCUGCGUGGCAAUGAUGACGUCUCUGUUGUCCUCUCUGUGGGUCGCUUUUUCGACGCGCUAUUCCCACUGGUCUAUCGGAAUCUGGUGAAUCCAGGGCUGGCAUCCUCCCCUUGGUCAGCAGAGGGUGCUGAAUGCCUCCGCGCCACACGGCAAGACAUCAACCCAUUUGGCCCUCAUCCACAAGCACUGGCACAUGGGCUGGUACGGGUUUUAGGGGUUGGCCGAUCACUCAUGCAGGCACUAACGGUGGGUGUCCAGAUCCUGAAUGCCUCAGAAUCAGCAGGCAUGGCAAAAGAGUGUGGAAGGGCAAUAGUGAGGAUGCAGUUCUGCUCACAUUGCAAGGGACUCACCCUGAUCCGGCCUUGCCAGGGCCUCUGCUUGAAUGUGAUGAGGGGUUGCUUGGCAGGACUGGCAGAGCUGCAAGGGCCAUGGAGCACCUACAUAGCGCUGCUGGAGGGCACAAGUGCAGCACUGGCUGGAGGGAAUGAGCUGGAGCUUACUCUUCUGAGCAUUCGUGAGAGGAUCAACGAUGCCAUCCUGAGUGCUCAGCUGAAUGGACCACAUCUCAGCGCCAUUGUGGAAAAGGUGUGUGGUUCUCUCACUGAGCCUUCCUCGUCCACUCAAGUUAGUUCAACACAAAGUCCAACAUCCCAGAGUCCUACAGACUUGGACCAGGGUUCGAGUGUGGGGUUGGUCUCCUCCAUCCCAUCCAUGAGCCCUACAGUACCAGACAAGUCUGAUGAUCACAGAGACAGCCAUGUUACACUGAGGAAAAGAUCCUUGCCUCUAAAACCUUCCAAGAAUGACAAGCCCAGAAGUCUGAAGAAAAUCUCUAAGGAGUUUGUGAGUUACAUUCAGCGGUACAAGUCCUUCUUCUCCAUGUUGCCAGAGGUUCUAUGUGACAAUGAGAUGGUGCUGGAUGAAUACACCUGCUGGAAUGGGGAGGAUGUGGUGGAGAGUUACACAAAUUCUGUGGUGGAGAACGGCCUCCAGGCCCAAAGACAAAACCCUGAGAUUAAGAUCAGAAGUGUGGACCCGGUUUUAGUUGAGGCCAAAGAGACACUGGAAAGAUUUAAUCAGGAUAUGUGGGCUGAAACAGGACUGGAUGAUGGGCGGCAAGAGCACUUGCAUGUGGACAGUGGCAGUGGAAUGGAAACCAGUGGCGAUUGUGAUGAUGAAGACGGGUGUGAAGGCUCAGGAGAGGAUGAAGAGGAAAUAGGCCGUGUCGUCCCAUCCUUCUCACCUCCCUCUGUGAGACAAGGUUCAGGACUGUCCUUUAAAGCAGCAGCAUGCAGUACAGACUCCUCCUCACUCCUGAUCUCUCUGUCUCUCUUUCCCCUGCUGCUGUCUCUCCUGCACUCCACCUAAAGCCCCAAGGACACAACAGAGGACUGAAGUAUGCACUUGCACUGGAUACUUAGACGUCUACACAUUGAUCCGACCCGCUCCAUCCUGUGUAGCUGCUCUUGACACUAAACCCUCCAGCUGUGGAGAAAGUGCCUUGUUUAUGAUUUAGUUUGUGUUCUGAAUUACAGUUUUGCACAUGAGCUUGUGUGCGGUUUCCUGCUUUGCAUAAUUUGAGUGACAGCUUAUAGUCAAUUCUAAAUUUUGUGUCUAAAUCAUCACACAUCCAGACUUGUUGAGGUACUUGCUGACACAAUAUACAGGAGUGAUGCUGAAUUCUCAAUUCUGAUUGGUCAGAAGGUGUUGAUUAAUUUUCUAUAAAUGCAGAUCUGACAGAAUUGCAGCUGCAAAUGACAGGUUUAUAUUAAUGCACUCAUUCUAAUA